GGUUUUUGUCGCUGCUCCGGCUGCUUGUCGCGCUCCCUCAGGUCAUCCUGAAUAUUAGGGGGAGAAAAAAACACCUGUCAGGUGUAAGGUGCUGCUCUCCUAUUGGCUGGGAGGAGUUUAGGGGGAGGGGAGACUCGUCAUAUUUCCCUUUAGGGUCUGAAGCGCUGGUUAAAGCAGCGGAGGAGGAAAUAUUUUAGAUCCGAACCGGUGAUCGGAGCGAGAAACCCGUCAGAAAUAACCUGAGGUUUUCUCUGUUUCAGCACUUUUUCCUGGACAGACUACAAACAUGGCCUCCAUCGCGCCGUUCAGCCGCAGGCAGUGGGCAUCGCAGUCACUCAGGGUCACGGCCAAAGAGCUGUCCAUCGUCUCCGCCCGGGGAAAAAACACCGCCAUCGCAGAGCGCUUCUCCAAAUACCAGAUGGCAGCAGAGGAGGGACGUGCAGAGAGGAAAAAAAUGGUUGUGGAGCCUCUUCCAUCCUCUCUGUCUGGUGGAAAUCUGAGUAUUUUAAAGAAACGUUGGGAGCAGCAGCAGCAGCAGCAGCAGCCGUCCACUUCCCAGAGCCACAGCAGCUCAUCACCGCUCGCCAAACCCACGUCCCGUUUCCAGAUCCAAACGAAGGUCCUGAGAGCUGCAGGAUCCUCUCUGGAGGUUCACCCCGAGUCCAGAACCGACCCGUUGACGGAGGAGGCCGAAGACCCGAUGGAGAUGGAGGCGAAGCCCGGCAGAGACCUGGAGGAGGAGCAGAAGGCCGCAGCAGCUGAGACGUCUGACAUCGAGAAGCCCAGCGUUCCCAUCAACAGUCUGAAGAUGAUGUUUGAGAGAGGAGACGCCCCCGACAAGGGAUCCAAAGAGCAGACGAGUCGAGGAAACGCCGGCGAUAACUCCUCCAACAUGGACCAGCUACUAGGAGAUGGAAGUCUUGCUGAAUCCACUCCUCUCCGUGACAGGAUGGCCCUCUACAAAGCUGCCAUCUCCAAACAGGAUAGUGAUCAUCUGGACGGGUUCGGUGGGAAACAGAAGGAGAACGUCCCUCCAUGUUCUCUGGAAAUGAGUCCUGAUUCUGAGCCAAACGGCAGGAGAGUCUUUUCUCCAGAAAGCAACGGCUCUGGUCCAGGGACUCCGUCCUCCGGUCAGAAAGAUUCUCCUCACUCAAAACCCCCCAAGAGCUUCCACCUGCCUGUGAGAGAAAUCUGCGUGUCGUGUCAGAAGACGGUUUAUCCUCUGGAGAGGCUGGUGGCCAACAAGGACGUGUACCACAGCUCGUGCUUCCGCUGUUUGCACUGCAACACCAAGCUGAGUUUGGCGAACUACGCCUCGCUGCACAACAACAUCUACUGCAAGCCUCACUUCUGCCAGCUGUUCAAGGCCAAAGGAAACUACGACGAGGGCUUCGGCCACCGGCCGCACAAGGAGCUCUGGGAGAGCAAAGGUGAGGCGGACGAGGCCGUGGAGCGGUCCAGCCCCGGGGCCACGCCAAAGGCGCAGAGCCCGCCGUCGGACCAGUCCGGCACCAGCGUGGAGGACUCCCCGCUGGCCAAGGUUCUGGUUCUGACCGCCACCAUGGAGGCUUUGGGUCAGGCGACGCCCGAGAAGACGGACAAACCCUCGGAAACACGCCGCCUCAAGAUCUCCUGGCCUCCCAAAACGGAGCCGGAGGAGGCGCCGGGCCGCAGCGAGGCCGUCGCUGACGCCGCCGCCUUGAAGCCAAUCAAAGCAAAAUGGCCGCCGGAGGAGGAGGAAAAAGAGGAAGAGGAGAACCGAGGUUCUCCUUCGCUGCUGCAGAGCUCCUCCCUGAAGGAGCGCAGCGCUGCGUUCUCGCACGACGAUCGCAGCCGGAGUGCCGACGCCGCUGAGGACAGCCCUGAAGACAGCUGCCUGGACGUCCAGAGCAGCUCCGGCGAGGAGAUGAAGAGCGACGCAGCGGAGGAAGAGGAGCCACAGAAGAUGGAGGAGGAGGAAGUGAUGACCGCCUCCUCCCCCGAAGAGGAGGUGGAGGCCAGCCGGUCGUCUCAGGACGUGGGAUUCUGGGACAGCGACGAAGUCGAGGAGAAAGGGGAGGAAGAGGAGGCGCUGAGCGUGGAGGAGAUGAUCAAGAGGAACAGAUACUACGGCGAGGAGGAGGAGGAUGAGGAGGAGGAUGUAUAAAGUGAUUUCUUCUUCUUCUUCUACUCGUCAUGUGCCUCGCUGAACAGUCUGAACCACUUCCAUCUGAGAUACACUUCUCGUUUUAAAACAUUCCUUCAAAUUUGGUGAAUAAUUUUUAAAUUUUUGGGACGACUUGUUUCUAUUUCCCUAAAAUGUUCAGUAAUCUGCUUGAAGCGCACUGCAAAAACAAAAUAUUACCAAGUAUUUUUGGUCUCGUUUCAAAUGCAGAUAUCUCGGUAUACUUGAAAUAAAACAAAACUAACUCAAUAGUAACUUUUCAGAAAGACAGAGGAGCUUAUUUUAAGUCAAUAAUUCCUAAAAUAAUAGCAGAUUUUACUUUUAAUUUUUUACACGUUGUAUAAGGAACUAGUAGUCUUUCAUCAAUAUUAAGGAAUUACUUACUUAAAACAGUCUCCUAUCUUCCUAAAAAGUUACCUUUAUGUUGGUUUUUAUUUCAAAUAUACGAACAUAUUUUUUCUUUAAAAAUUAGACCAAAAACACUUUAAAGAUUUUAUGUUUUUGCAGUGCGUCAGUUCUGCCAGCUCUUAUUGUGGCGGGUCGGUCAGCUUCUCAGACUCAGCUUUCUGAAUUAGUCUUCAUCUUUUGUCACUUUGAAUCUUUUGUUUCUAUUUUUAAAGAUUUAUAACUGGAUGUAACGACGGUGGUUUGUUUGUUUUUAAAGCCGGGGGAGAAAAUCUCCAACUGUUGCUGUUUAAAUAAAUUGUUAUAUUCAAA